UGGUUAAUUCAAUAUGGCCGUUUUCAGCCGGUCGAUUUUUGUUUUUUGUCUAGUGUAAAGUGUAAAGUAAUUUUAUUAUUUUUACAUACACGAAACAAAAAAAAACUUUUACCUGUAAAAAGCAAGUCAACACGUUUACUGAUCACUAAACAUUUAACCUACUAGAGCUAUCAGAAUAGUAAAUAAUUCAGCCAUGGAAGCUCUGAUACCUGUAAUUAAUAAGUUACAAGAUGUAUUUAAUACCGUUGGUGCAGAUGCCAUACAAUUACCCCAAAUAGUUGUGUUGGGAACUCAGAGCUCUGGUAAGAGUUCAGUUAUAGAGAGUCUUGUUGGACGGUCAUUCCUGCCUCGAGGCCCUGGAAUUGUAACAAGGCGACCCCUUAUAUUACAACUGGUAUAUAGCCCUAAAGAUGGCAAAGAACACAGGUCGGCAGAAGAGGGUACUGUAAGUCUAGAAGAAUGGGGAAAAUUUUUACACACCAAAGACAGAAUUUACACAGACUUCGAUCAAAUACGAGAAGAAAUAGAGAGGGAAACAGAUCGUAUGGCCGGAAACAACAAGGGUAUUUGUCCAGAGCCAAUCAAUUUAAAGAUAUUCUCUACAAAAGUUGUCAAUCUUACUCUUGUGGAUCUGCCUGGAAUAACAAAAGUCCCAAUAGGUGACCAACCAGAAGAUAUUGAGAAUCAAAUUAGGAAUUUAAUUAUCAAACGCAUAGCCAAUCCAAAUUCUAUUAUCCUUGCGGUAACAGCUGCCAAUACAGACAUGGCCACUAGUGAAGCUAUAAAAAUGGCUAAGGAGGUAGACCCUGAUGGAAGGAGAACAUUAGCUGUUGUUACUAAAUUAGAUCUUAUGGAUGCAGGCACAGACGCCAUCGAUAUACUGUGCGGGCGUGUAAUACCAGUGAAACUGGGCAUCAUUGGUGUUGUCAACAGAUCUCAACAAGACAUCAUUGAUAAGAAGACGAUUACGGAUGCAUUAAAAGACGAAGCUACCUACCUCCAAAGAAAAUACCCAACUAUUGCGACGCGCAACGGCACUCCAUAUUUAGCGAAGACCUUAAACCGAUUGCUGAUGCAUCAUAUAAGGGACUGUCUGCCGGAACUCAAGGUUCGCGUCAAUGUCAUGAUAUCCCAAUUUCAAUCUCUUCUCAACUCUUAUGGUGAUGAUGUCUCUGAUAAGUCACAAACGUUGCUGCAAAUUAUCACAAAGUUUGCCAGCGCAUACUGCUCGACAAUAGAGGGCACUGCGAGGAACAUAGAGACUACGGAGCUGUGUGGAGGAGCACGGAUAUGUUAUAUAUUUCAUGAGACUUUUGGACGAACUCUGGACUCCAUUCAUCCUUUAGUUGGUUUGACCCGCAUGGAUAUUCUUACUGCAAUACGCAAUGCUACGGGUCCGAGGCCCGCGUUGUUUGUGCCUGAAGUGUCAUUUGAAUUGCUAGUCAAGAGGCAGAUUCGGAGGUUAGAGGAUCCUUCAUUGCGUUGUGUGGAACUGGUGCACGAAGAGAUGCAGCGCAUCGUGCAGCACUGCGGUACCGAGGUGCAGCAAGAGAUGCUGCGGUUCCCGAGGCUGCACCAGCGCAUCGUGGACGUGGUCACCCAGCUGCUGCGGACCAGGCUGCCCGCCACCAACUCUAUGGUGGAGAACUUAGUGGCGAUCGAGUUGGCGUACAUAAACACAAAGCAUCCGGACUUCCACCGCGAGGCGGCGCUAGUGUCGGGUCUACUCAAGAGUACCGACGGCUUGGUCGAGGAUUUCCAGUACAGACAGAAACCUUCGCGGCCCGCGGCCUCGCCGGUACAAAGAAUGCUCAAACACAUGCCCGCUAUAACGGACGGCCAAGAGAGCAAGUUGUCGUCACAGAAUAAUAGCGAAUCCUCAGACUCACCUCAGAUGAAUGGAAGCCCCGAGAACAGGGUAAUGACACCACAGAAACCCGUCAAUCUGCUACCGGAGGUGCCGAGCCAUACCUCGCGGAAGUUGUCGGACAGGGAGCAACACGACUGUGAUGUCAUCGGUGGACGGAGCGAGAACGCGUCAUAUUCGAAAGAUAAUCCAAAGACAGUAGACGGCAUCAGUAUGAUGCACUUGAACGGAAUGGGUGAUCUAGUCGAACGACUGAUUAAGUCGUACUUCUACAUUGUGCGCAAGUCCAUCCAGGACUCGGUCCCGAAGGCCGUGAUGCACUUCCUGGUGAACUACGUGAAGGAUAACCUGCAGUCGGAGCUGGUGACUCACCUGUACAAGUCUGACCAGGCGGAGAGCAUGCUCAACGAGUCCGAGCACAUCGCCCAGAGAAGGAAGGAGGCUGCUGACAUGCUCAAGGCUCUUCAACGCGCCGGACAGAUUAUCAGCGAAAUCCGUGAAACACACAUGUGGUGAUAUCCAGCCAGCGGGGCCUCGAGUCCGGUGCACUAGCUAAUUGUUCUAUAUAUAAAUAUAAACUCGUGCUGUUAGCGAUCCAUGUGCGUUACUUAUAUCUCUAAUUACUUAAUAACUCGCUCUUCGCGUAUUUCCCUCUAAAUUAGGCACAUACAUGACAGUGGAAUACGUCGGGCGAUUGUUAGAUUAGGUUUUCUGCAUUUGUUGAUGCGAUAUGUUGUUGAACUCUUCAUAACUUUAUUUUGUACCGUUCAAUGUUCAAAGGAGUUGAUAGUUUUAUCAAUUAUAUUUAUAUUUAACAAAUGGAGUGUUAACAGACAAUUAUAAUGUCACACCUAUAUAAGAAGUUUCUGCCGUAGCUAGUGAAAUUAUGUAACGAGCGCAGUUGUAGUGCUGCUCCGAAUUUUUGGGUUUUUCAAGAAUCCUGAGUGGUACUUCAAUGUAUUGGGCAGGGCUUAUCAGUUACUAUCAGCUGAACCCCCUGCUGGUCUCGUCCCUUAUUGUCAUAAAAACUUCUACUGAGAGCAGAAUAUAUCUAUGCAGAAAUAUAUCUAUGCAAUAGUGUAACAUGAUUAUAAAUGUAGAAAAUUUGUUAAAAAGUAAACUCCAGUACUAACUGUUGGACCUAACACAUUUUUUAUGUUUGUGGUAAGAUUAAUUUUGUGUGAAUGUCUCUUAAAAAAAGACCAAUUUCUAUUUCAUAUGGAUGUCUCCUUUUGGCUAAAUACUCUAAUGCAUUGAAAAGAUCAAAGUAUUGUACAGUUCUGAACAACCUCGCUUCAAACAGAUGUAGAAGAAUUGUUGCGAUAACCAAAUAUUAAGAAUGGCGUUGAAAUGUAUUAUGUAUUAGUUAUAUUUUAUUGUUGAAAUUUGUAUGAUAAAUAUCGGCCAAAUUACUGAUUAACAUUUUAUGUUCCAUUGUCAUAUAUAUUUUGUUCGCUAUUUUGUGUUGAAUAUGGACAAUUUCAUUUAGAGUCAGGCGGAGUGUCGUAUUAAAAGUAAGGAGACGACGACAAAUGUGUGGAUUGCAUGUAUGCUUACAUUAUGUUUAUCAAACAAUCACCCCUUAAAUAGAAAUAAAUAGAAAAAUUAAAUUGGUUUGCAUUUGGCGGAGAAAUGGAAAACCUUAGAUAAUUUUUACGUCUAGAUAGAACUCUAGCUAUUAGACAAGGCACGACAGUAGGCCAGGUUCAUUACGUAUAUAUAUGCUUUUAUACACUUUCACUUUUUUUAGUAUGUGUGCGUUGCUAUAAAUAGAGGCUAACUGUUCGACGCUAUUUUUUCGACGUUUCACUGCUGUCAGUCUAGACGUAUAAAUUAUCUAAGGGAGAAACGAAAUGUAAACAGACUGAAAAUCUCCCCAAAUUAGUUUAAAAGUUAACAGAUGUCAAAUAUUUAUCUGAAAACUUUGUUUGUCAGAUAAUAGUGUUGUAAAUGUAUCGGAGGGUAGGUGUACUUUUCGUAGAAGCAAUACGCAGACAUACUCGUUAUAGAUAAGUCUCGUUUGUAUGUUAGUUUUAACGAUAUAUUAUGCACAAACCUAGUUAAUGCAGUUACCAUUUUUUCUGCUUAUGUUUUAAAGGUGAUUGAGGCCAUAGCUGUACUCGUCAUUUGUAAGAAUAUAUAUCAAAAGGCAAACUCAAUAAACUUUUAACAAUUUUUAAAAGUAUUUCAAUCAAAUAAGAGUGCUCUAGGCGGUGUUCUGCAUAAAUAAAUGUUUGUAAUGUCUGAUUUUUAAAUAUCUAAUAAACGUUAGAAAGUGCAUUAUGUAAAGCGGUGUUUUGGUGUGUUUGUUGUUAGUAAAAACAAUAAUGAAUAGUACACGAUGAUUCUUGAUUAUCGGCAAUGCACCAUUAACCUCUUAUAUGCCAACAUUUCCCUCGCGCCCGCAGAAGCUACCUGCUGAGCUGUUUUAGCGCCAAACACGGCGCGGCCACUUGAAACGUCGAUGCGGCUUAUGUUACGGGUUGGUAGAUAAACAAGCUAGGCUUAUUGUAAAUAAAAAACAUUAUAUAUCAUAGAUUCGUGCUGUGAAUGACGCCGCUCUUACGAGAAAUUGACUAUUUUGCUAAGCACAUGGGAGGUUAAUAUCAAAUAAUCCCAGUCUAGCACACUCCUAAUGGAUUGAAAGUUAUUUUGUUUCAAAUAUAUUCGUUCUAUACACAUAUAAGGAUAUUUUAUCAAUCGCAGUCUUACUUAUAGAACUUCAUUGACUACAGCGGACAAUUUGUACGAAACUACAAAUUUAGAAGUGUAAAGUAAACGUAAAUCAUGUCAAAGAUUACUUUCUUGUUUUCCUUAUAUUGUCAGAAUGUUUUGAAGUGAACAUCUUCUGCCGUAGAUUAAGGUUUGGUCUCCGCUGCGCUCCAACGAGAACCGCAGGCGAAGUCAAAAAGUGCGGCAUCGAAUACUACGCCCAAGUGGGCGUACUCGUGCCAGUCUCGUACAAUGUGUAACGUUGACGUGCCAAAUGUUCUGUUAAACUUUGCUAAUAAUUGAAACAAAAAUGUCGUGUUGCGUAGUAAAACUUUGUAAAAAUAAUACUAAAAGAAUUAAGAAAGACACUGGGAUCACAUAUUAUCAGUAAGUAUUUUGUAUUUUAUUAAUUUAAAUAUAAAAUAACACGAAUCGUAUGUUACAAAAUUUGAAAGAUGCCAUUCAGUGUCAAGAUGCCACGCACACAAGCAUCUAAGGUAUUGUUCUUAGGUAGUGCGGUAUCUAGUUGGAGCGCAGCGGAGAGCAAUCUUUAAUGUAAGCCUUAUGCAUUGUAUUUAUUUAAAAAAAUGUCAAAUUAGUAUUGUAGCUUUUACGUUCAUGUCAUUCUAACGCUUAAAUCCAAGUAAUCCCACUGAAGCUGAAUUAUUAUUGUUUCUAUUACUUCAUACUUAAUACAAGUGAUAUUAAUAUUAGUCAUUGAUAUUUCCCUUUAGGAGUGCUUGAAUUUGUUUGUAUUUUUUACAAUUCGGUUAUGAUGUAACUGUUAUAUUGUUUAUUAUUGAAAAUUGUGUGAAUUUCGUUUUAUUUUGUAUCUGUAGACAGGGCUUAUGGUAGAUUUAGUUAUGGUAUUUGUAGUUUUAAUAUUAUAGAAUGUUUGAAAUAAGUUCCUUUGCAUGCUUUGAAGUCAUUAUUGUGUCAUGAUUGAAAAACAAGGUAUUUAUUAUGAUUCUUAUAAUUUUAUCUGGAUUUAGAUUUAGUAUUCCAAUGUUUAAAAUACAAGAUAUUUAUUGUUAUAGUCUGAUGUGUGAUGUGCUUUGUACCGAAACAUUUAAUGUUACGCAACUUAAGAUUGUAUUUAAAAGUCUGUUAAAAUAAAUAGAAUACUAUCCUUA